GUUUUGUCUUGAAAACGGGAGACAAUUCAUCAGCAAGGUGCGGCUUGUGCAGCUCGGUUGGCUGACAGCUUCCGCUGUCGGGCACGCUUCAAUGCAUGACAGCAAAAGCCCCGCGCACAAGCGGGACAUGGAGGGGUAGCUCGUGCUCGAGCGUCAUCUGUUUCGUUGGGCAAUGGCAGCUCUGAGCUGGCAGGGGAGGCAGAUUGGUGGUGUCGUGUUGCAUCAUAUCUGCGCGUAGGGCUUGUCGAAGCCGCAUGGUUGCAUUUGCCUCGCGACAAGCUUUCUGCCGUGAGCAAUCGUGUACAAAUCAUCGCGGACUGCGCCGGCUCACCGACUUUUACAGCCGCAUUGUUGCGCUUGACAUUGGUCUCCUUCCGCCGGACUCGAACUUCACCACCACUCGGCAACCCGUCUAUUCGUUUGACUGUCACUUAGCCGAUGGAAGGGUGGGGGCUGGUGAAUCUCUUCGCAGCUUGACGACCAGCCCUUUUCCGCAGUAUCAUCGAUGCCAGCACAGCGUCGGUUUCCCGGUGGCUUGGGUCCCUCGGCCUAUUGUUGAUCUCUGGAGGUUACCCCGAUGUAUACCUUUCUGCAGAGGGCUUUACCACAAUCCAAACCUUCAACGGACAGACCCGUCUGUUCCUGGCUUGGCCACUCUCCACCUUGGGUUUCGAGCGUCAGCAACUGGACCCAAGACCCUCCUAAACUCGCAAGUCGCAAUGGCGCAGUGUGCGGGAUGCGGCACAAUUGGCCAUGUUAACCUGCAAGUCAGUGGGAUAACAAGUCAUUCAGCUUGUUCCAUUGACAAGGUAGGUAGUGAUAUCGGCGGUUUGGCUUGUCGAAGCCAUGUCUCGGAACAGAGUUACGGAGACACCUCGGCCUAUCGCAUUAUUGGGGCAUGCCACCAUGAGCUGAGCCAGGCUGUCAGGGUUUUUCGAAGCCCCCGUCACUGCUGACAAAAUCACAACAGCAGACAACGUUGCCGGGCACUGCCGGGUUUCGCGGGCUCGCUUGACGUUCGGAGUACAUAUACCUACCAUUAGUUACGGGUAUCGGGCCUUCGUCGGACGGUAUGUCUCCUUCCAGACUCCUGGACCCAGAGACCAAAGCAAAGCGGGGCCAGCGGCAUUAUUCCCGAAACAUUUCCUAAUUAAGAAGGCUUCCAGAAGCCUUCGCCGGGCUCCACACUCCCGAGGCAAUUCCCGGCUAUAUGACUCGCCGGGCGUCGUAGCCGGACGCCGGCAGUUCCACGGGCCCCUGACGAAAGCUAACUCGGCAGAUAUUUCUGCGGACGGCACAUGAUGGGAGGUAGUCAGUACAAGUUCCUCUCAGUGGCGGCGGGCAGCGACC